AUGCAAUACACUGUGUAUUCUAAACGAUGGCUGUUAGCAGCCGCCUUGAAUAUUGGUAUAUUCAACUAUCAGUUCACAACAUUAUCUUACGGAGCUGUUAACAACGUAGUUACUUCAUUCUUUGAAGAAAUUCCUUACGCAACAGAUGCUCUGCCUGUCAUAGCUCAUGCCGGGGGAAUAUUUGUGUCGCCUUUCUUGAUUCUAUUCGCAGGAAAAAUUGGUGUUAGGAUGCAAUUGAUCUUUGGAUGCGUUUGUGCAUUCCUUGGAAUGCUGUGCAACGUACUUGGAUUCAUCAGCAGAAAGACGUACUUUUUGCUGCUCAUUGGAAACUCACUUGUUGGACUAUCUGACGGAGUUUUUUACAUUCUUCCAAUGACACUUGCCGCUAGCUGGUUUCCUGUGAAUGAGAGAGCAACAGUCAUUGGUAUGGCAUGGCUUUCAGGUGCUGUGGGCUAUGCUUUUUCUGGCGCACCUUUUUCAGGCGUCUUUGGUAAUGCCACUGAUGCCAACGUAGGGUUAAUUUCUCCCAAUAGGAUUCAGGAAGUUUUUGCUUCAACAUUUGGAGUGCUUUGUUUUUUAUUGUUCGUAUCCACAAUUUCCGUAUGGAUAUUUCCUGCUGAUCAUCCUCCGUCUCCUCCUACUGCUGCACAACAAAACAUAAUAAAACAACGAAAUGAAGAAAGAGAAGCUAAUUGGCAAGCAAAUUUAAAGACAAGCGUCGAUUUGCUACGUAACCGGAAUUUUUUGUUGUUAACUACAUCCCGCGCAUUAACAGUUUCUGUAUAUGCUAUGACAAGAGUGUUAAAUUCUUCCAUGAUACUGAAGACAUUUCCAAGCAUGUCAGAUUCGUUUCCAGGAUUGCUACGGACCAUUGGAGCAUGUGUAGCAGCUCUCACAUCUAUCGUGACUGGAAGAUUCUUGGAUAGCUUCGGUUACUACAAGGAGUCGUGUGUUGUAUCAUUCGUUGCGAUAGUUCUGUGCUCACUUGGAAUAUUUCUAGGACAUCACUUCAAAAACAUUAUUGCUAUCGGAAUGUUAUAUCCUUCAAUAAUGUCUGUUAGAUUACCGACAGGUGUAAUCAUACCUGAAUUGCUGCUUGAUGCUACAUAUCCUGUCAAUAAUCUAAUAAUGUUGACGCUAUACAACAUAACUCUCAAUGUAGCGGCAGUAUCGUUCGUUUCUCUUGAACGAUUUAUAUUGGAAGUUUACGAUGAAGCAAUGGCGGCAUUGGUGCCCCUGAUAGCUAAUAUUUUGGCCUUAUUACUACUUUUACGCGCAAAUCCGAAGUACAAACGCAGUGCAAUGGAUGAAAGAAAGAAAUCAAACUCUGUAUCUCAGACAGAUGAAUAA